CAGAAGGAUGGUGGUGGAAGUAUUGUACCCCUCUUCCAUGACGGAAAUAUUAAGAUGCCGUUAUAUGAAAGAACUGGUCGCCCCUUCUGUAUUACGGAUGUGGUAAAAGCGGUCUGGAGAUCUCAAAAUGAGCCUGAAAUUCUUUGUAAACAACAUCCCAUGAGGGUUACAUACAAUGGCGUGUUCUUGAUCGAUUUGAAGCAUGUUCCUCUAAAAGAUCUUGUGGCAGAUGGAAAUGGUGUCUUUACCAAUACAGGACAACCAACACACACGAUCAAGAUUUCUAGUAAUGAAGAUGAGGGUGAAAGUGAAGAUGAGGUCGAAAAAUCUCCUCAAGUAACAGUCCUCGCAAGAGCUAAAUGUCCGCUGAAAAGUAGCUCGGAGUUCCUACUACAGCGAUACUAUUAUCGCCACUCAAAGAAGACGACCUUUCAUAGGAGGAUUUAUGUGUUA